ACGCUUGUCUAUACAUAUCUUCAAUUGUUUUUAAAUAAAAGUUAUAGUUAGUUGUCAAAUAUUGACACGAUGUAACUGUUUGACAAUCAGCUUGAACAAAAUUCAAUUCAAAUUAUGACUUGUAUAAAUACAAUAAUUUACCACAAGUCUAAUUUGAAAUAGACUCAAGUAAUCAACACUCCAUACAAUCCGACUUUAUCCAACCCAUUAUUAACCGACACCUCAUUUGUUAUACAUAAAAAAAAUAAUUAAAAAAUAAAAAUAAAUUGUGAUUACCAACCCAAAAGCCCAAAACAACAACAGAGCUACAGAGUGACCAACUGAACCAAGGGUCAACAUCUUUCGAUCCCAAAAACCCAAUCAAAUAAUGAUGUCGUGCGACACCACCGCAAAACAGAUCUUCCUCCUCUCCGGCCAAAGCAACAUGGCCGGCCGAGGAGGCGUCGUUAAAUACACCGACUACCAUCACCACCACCACAAGAAAUGGGACGGCGUUAUUCCGCCGGAAUGUCAACCCCACCCUUCAAUCCUCCGCCUCAACGCGCACCUCCAUUGGGAGCAAGCGCGUGAUCCACUACAUUCCGACAUCGAUAGCCGUAAGGUUUGUGGGGUGGGACCCGGAAUGCCAUUCGCCAACGUGGUUAGGGAGCGCGUGGGUGGGCCAAUUGGACUUGUCCCGUGUGCCGUUGGCGGGACUGCGAUAAGAGAGUGGGCGCGUGGGGAACACUUGUAUGAGAAUAUGGUGAAGAGAGCUAAAUGUAGUGUGGAGAGUGGUGGGGGUGAGAUUAAAGCAAUGUUGUGGUAUCAAGGUGAGAGUGAUGCCACGGCGAGUGACGCUGACGCGUAUAAAGGGCGAUUGGAGAAGUUUAUUUGUGAUGUUAGGGAAGAUCUUCAGUUGCCAUUGCUUCCUAUCAUUCAGGUGGCACUUGCAUCAGGGUAUGAAAAAUACAUAGAUAAGGUGAGAGAAGCACAACUAGGGAUCAAACUCCCAAAUGUUGUAUGUGUGGAUGCCAAAGGAUUGAAACUCAACGACGACAAUCUUCAUUUAUCUACCGAAGCCCAGGUUCAAUUAGGUCAGAUGUUGGCUGAUGCCUACCUCUGCCAUUUUAAUCCUUCCUCCUCUUAGGCUUUACCUCUACAUAUGGAGAUAUUUACAUGCUGCAUUACUGCUUGCAUAUGUUGUCAUUUGGAUAACUUGCACUUCUUAUACGGUUUUAUAUUUCUUGGUAUUCAAUAAAUCAAAAUGUUUUUGAUC